CUAUUACCGCUCCUUCGAACGGGUGAGUCAAGGCACACGCCUGAUCCUGCGCGAAUUUCCGACUCCGUCAGUCGAGCGUUGGUCGUAACUGGUUCUGGCUUCCUCCUCGACGUCUGAUAAAUAGAACUGUCGCCACAGUCGGGGUCGUAAAUCCUCCUUGAGACUGAUCCGUGAUGAGACGAGUCAUGCCUGACUUGAGUUGUUUGAGACUUAUUGGGUGUACUCUACUAUGGACGCUCGCCGUGACGACGGUGACGUCAAAUGAGUACCUGGCUGCUGAGCCCUACAAAGAUAUUCUGAGCGACCCCAACUUCAAACCCAAACCCGAGGUGAUCCCCAACAAGACCAUCGACCAGCUCAUCACCGAGGCCUAUGGCGGCUUGAAAAUGUACAUGACGGAAAACUUUCUUGACCUCAGCGGGGACAUCACAGUAGAGCUGGACCUUGUGCUGACGUCAGAUCAGUUCAAAUCCAUGUACUUGAGGAAUGAUAACCCAGGUACUGAGGGAGCCCGUUACAAGAGGAAGGCAGCUCGUCCCACUGUUCUCCGCUGGCCCAACCGAGUCAUCCCUUACGAAUUCGUGUAUUCUCAUUUCAAUGUGGACGAAAUCUUCUACAUCCAGCAAGCCAUGCAAAAGUGGCAGAAUGAGACUUGUCUCACCUUCAAGCCCUUCUCCCCAACGGACACCAACCGCAUUCGCUUUCAGAAUGGCAAUGGGUGUAAUUCCCAGCUCGGAAUGGUCAGAGGAGUGCAGCAUAUCAACCUAGAAAGUCCUGGCUGCAGAUUUAGCGGACUCUACCUGCACGAAAUCGGUCACGCCAUCGGCCUCGUGCACGAACACCAGCUGCCGGACCGCGACCAGUUCAUCCGCAUCAUCUACGACAACGUGGCUCCCAGCAUGCGCGUGUGGUUCAACAAGUACUCACCCGAUGAUGUCAACCAGUACGGGGUGCCCUACGAGUACUCGUCAGUCAUGCACUACGGCAUCACGGCAUUUUCCAAAGAUGGCUAUUCACAGACGAUCCAAACCCAUGACCCGACUAAAGAAAAAGAAAUCGGCCGAGUAUACCUCAAAGGACUGUCUUUCACAGACAUAAAAGUUGUCAACAAGAUGUACGAAUGCAACAAAAACUGUUCAGUCGACUCUAACUGCAAAGAACCAGCCUACCUGGACAAGAACUGUAAAUGCGUGCGACCAGAAGACUUCAAUUCCGGGGUCGUGACCACGCCCACCACCGGUGGGAGAGGCGGGUGUUCCAAUAACUGGAAUGAUGAUCAGUGCGAUGGAUGGGCGGAAGAUGGGGAAUGCGAUCACAACCCAAACUGGAUGAAAGAAAACUGCAAGAAGUCAUGUGGAGUGUGUGGGACAACUACCAAACCAGAUGAAGCUUCCUGCAAGAAUAUUCACAAUGACCAGGACUGUGAAAGCUGGGCAAGGAGAGGCGAGUGUGACAAAAAUCCAUCUUGGAUGAAGCCAAACUGCAAAAAGUCUUGCAAAAUAUGUAGUGGAAGUGGUGGAACUGAUGGUGGAGGAAGCAAACCAGAUGAGUCAUCCUGUGAGAAUAUUUGGGGUGACACCAAGUGCGAAUCAUGGGCUGACUCUGGCGAGUGUGAAGCCAACCCCAUGUGGAUGAGAGAGAACUGCAAGAAGGCUUGCAAGGCAUGCACAGGCACCACAGAUGUUUGUGUUGACAACAACCGGUACUGUGAGUCAUGGGCCCGCAGUGGCUAUUGCGCCACAAACUGGUUUACUGCAGAAAACUGUAAGAAAACUUGUGGAACAUGUGACACUAACAAACUAAAUGAAGAAGUCACUACCAAAUCUGAAGGUGAAAGUGGAAGUGGAAGCACAAAAAUCCAAGUGGCCUUCUCAACCCUCAUCAUAAUUCUGGCAGCUUUGCUUUAAAAGACAGAAAAAUAAUAUAUUAAGGGCACAAAACCUGUAAAAAGCGUUAUUGUGAUCAGCAUUGCUGUUAACUGUUACACCCCUGAAUUACUGUAUUUUCUGUAUUUGCUACAGCAAUGUCAGUGGAGUCUUUUUGUUAUUUUUCUUUACUCAGAUGAGUGCAAUGUGUAGGCAUGUAUUAUCUCCCUGGAAGAAGAUGAGGUUUAAUUAAGGGCAUUCAGUUUUAGUAACAUUCCCUUUAACUCUUUACAAUGCUGGGUUUUCGACUUUUUGACUGAACAGUAAAGAGUUCAAGCUUUAACGAAGGGAGGAAGAGCAGUAGUUUAGCUAUUUAUCUGAAGAAAGAUGCUCAUUAUGUACUUCAAAAGAACUACAGUGUAGCUACUUGUUCAUUUGUUGAGGGCAUUAAAAAUAGUGCUACAUGGGAAAAAAGUCACAGGUUGACAUGAGCAAUGGCUUCUGUCAGCAUCUAAAUUAUAAUCUGUUUUGAAUGGUGUAAAUUUGUAAAUAAUGUCUGUGAAUUUUGUUUUGAAACACAGCAGGUUCAGUAUUGCUAGUGUUAUUGUUUGCAUCAAUGUGCUAUGUUAGAAAGUGAAUGUGCUGAGUGGUUUAGAAGAUGGAAUUCCAGAUCAGAGAUGCAUGUGCUCAUUCAAAAACCUGUGUGGUGUAAUGUACUUCCCCCUGCUGACUCAACCCUUGACUGGGUUCCUGAUCAGUUGGGAGAGGAUGAGAAAAGACAGCACCACCUCAACAAAAGCUGGCCAACACUACCUCACUCCUUAAAGGCUGAAAGAUGUUAGAACUUUUUUUUUUUUAAUGUUUGUGACUGAAAAUGAAUAUGUGUUUGUGUGUUGGUGUGUGUGUUACACUGAACAUGAUUGUUCCCAAACUGAUUAUAUUUCUGUAAAAAACAUCAUCUUCCUGUGUUCUUAGGAAUAGAAAUUUUUGUCUGAGUUUAUAAUAUAUGCACUUGAUAUUUAAUAUAAAUGGCAUUUUCAAAAGCAAUAAAUGAUAAAUUUUCUUUAA